AGCAAUAAAUACUGUAUUAAAAAGCAUUGAAUGACUGGAAAGCAUUGCAUUCAUUGUCUGAAUUGUUUUCUUCAUAGAAAUUACACCCAAAAUAUAAUAAUAAACUUUUUGAUUGUUUUUUGGUUAUCAAUAAUUAUCACCGCAUCUGAUCCAUAAAGUCAGUCGACAACAACACCGACAACAACAACAAUGCUUAAUAUACAGUCGCGAUCACUGAAUCCGGUAAACAUUUUGAAAGGUGAAGCCGAAGAAGAAAAAUCAGAAAAUGCUAGACUUUCGUCGUUUAUCGGUGCCAUCGCUAUCGGCGAACUGGUCAAGAGUACAUUGGGACCGAAAGGCAUGGACAAGAUAUUGUUGUGCGAAGGCCGCAAUGAAGGCCGUGUCGAAGUGACCAACGACGGAGCGACCAUUUUGAGGGCUGUCGGCGUCGACAAUCCGGCCGCCAAAGUAUUGAUCGACAUAUCAAAGACCCAAGACGAUGAAGUCGGUGACGGAACUACUUCGGUGGCUGUAUUGGCCUCCGAGUUGCUUAAGGAAGCCGAACAAUUGGUAUCAAUGAAACUACACCCGCAAACAAUUGUGUCCGGUUGGCGUAAGUCGGUCAAUGCUGCCCGCGAAGCACUCGAAUCGGUAGCAGUGGACAACAGCGCCGAUGACAAACAAUUUCAAUCGGAUUUGUUGAAUAUUGCGCGGACAACCCUGAGCUCGAAGAUACUGUCGCAACACAAGGAUUUUUUCGCCAAACUGGCCGUCGAUGCUGUAGUCAGACUGAAAGGUUCGGGCAAUUUGGAUGCCAUUCAGAUAAUCAAGAAACUCGGGGCCAGUCUUAGCGAUUCGUUUCUCGACGAAGGCUUUCUAUUGGAUAAGAAACCGGGUGUUCAUCAGCCGAAACGUAUUGAAAAAGCACGGAUAUUGAUUGCCAAUACACCGAUGGACACCGAUAAGAUCAAAGUGUUCGGCUCCCGAGUUAAAGUCGACUCGAUUGCCAAAGUGGCCGAAAUUGAAUUGGCCGAAAAAGAAAAGAUGAAAGAUAAAGUCGAUCUAAUACUUAAGCAUAAUAUCAAUGUGUUUAUCAAUAGACAAUUGAUUUACAACUACCCGGAGCAAUUGUUUUCCGAUUCGGGUGUUAUGGCCAUUGAACAUGCAGACUUUGACGGCAUUGAACGCUUGGCAUUGGUUACCGGCGGCGAAAUUGUCUCAACAUUUGGAAAUCCCGAUAAAGUACGUUUGGGUACGUGUGAGCUCAUUGAAGAGAUAAUGAUCGGUGAAGACAAACUAUUGAAGUUUUCGGGCGUACCAAUGGGCGAGGCCUGUACUAUAGUCCUGAGAGGUGCCACUCAGCAGAUCCUCGACGAAGCCGAACGAUCCAUUCACGAUGCACUGUGCGUACUGUCCCAGACAAUCAAAGAACCUCGUAUUAUCUACGGCGGCGGUUCAACUGAGAUGCUAAUGGCCAACGCUGUCUCGUUGUUGGCCGCGCAGACUCCCGGCAAAGAAUCGUUUGCAAUGGAAGCUUUUGCCAAAGCCCUGCGAUCGAUGCCCACAACUAUUGCCGAUAACGGUGGCUACGAUUCAGCUCAACUGAUAUCCGAAUUGCGUGCCUUUCACUCACGCGGUCAACACUCGAUGGGCUUGAAUAUGGAUUUGGGAACCACUGGCGAUAUGCGCGAACUGGGAAUCAUUGAGGCGUUUAUUGUCAAACGUCAGGUACUGCUGAGUGCUGCCGAAGCCGCCGAAAUGAUACUACGUGUCGACAAUAUUAUCAGAGCUGCUCCCAGAAGACGCGAACCCGACCAUAGAGGACACUAAAUCAUUGAUUGAUUGAUUGAUUAUUAUUGCAUUAAUUAAUAACUGUUUUUUUAAAAAUAAUUUUUGGCGCAUAUAUUAUGUCAUCAAUUAAUAAUAAUAAUUUUUUGUGAUUAUUUUUUAUUUAAUUAUCGGAUAAUAAUUUAUAACAUUAAUUAAAAAUCAAAUAAAAAUGAUAAUAAAAC